UCUGCCGCAGUCGAACUUGCUAAAAAUGUCCAGCUCGGACUGUCUUCCUGACUACCCGCUCAACUCCGGUCUGGUGAGGAGAUUAAAGUCCUCCCUGGAAGCCGGGGAUGAGAAGGCAGUGCUGGAUUUGAUCUGUACUGAAGUGAAGCAUGUGAAUGCUAUUAUUGAACUAGCCAAUGAUGACUGGAUGAAAGAGCCCGAUGCGCCUCUGCACCCCUUGGUUCUAGUAGGUCUCUGGUCCCUGGAGUACAAGAGAGAGCUCACCAACCCUCUGUGCAUCACCGCCAGCCAUGGUCACACCGACUGUGUUCGCCACCUGCUACGGCGCCAUGCCGACGUUAACGCAGCUCCAGGCGGGAAGAGUGCCCUGCACGAGGCCUGCCGAGGGGGUCACACAGACUGCGCAGAGUUGCUCCUGGAACACCAAGCCAACCCCAACCUGCUGAGUGAGGAGGGCCUGGCCCCCCUCCACCUGUGCACCUCCCAGAGCACUCUCGGGUGCGCCCAGCUGCUGCUAAAGCACGGUGCCCGGGUAAACCAAGUCAGCAGUGAGAGCCUGGAGAGCCCCCUUCAUGUUGCAGCAAAGCACGGCCUCGUGGAGCACACACGCCUUUACUUAGGACACGGGGCCAUUGUGGACGCCAGGAACAGCCACCAAGAGACGCCCCUCAUUGUGGCUUGUGACCAAGCCCGGGAGCCCUGCCUGGAGGUGUGCCGCCUGCUGCUACGCCACGGUGCCGACGCCAACGCCAGCGACGAGGAAGAGAAAAGCCCCCUCCACAAAGCCUGCAAGAAUGCCAGCCACUGCCUGGUCCAGCUGCUGCUGCGGAACGGAGCCAGGGUGAAUGGUUUCGACUACAAUGGCGCCUCCCCCAUGGCCUGUGUCCUGCAGACGGCCUCCUUCAAGAGGGAGUGCAGACCCCAUCGGACCGUGCAAACGCUCCUCAACCACGGCUCCCAGAGGAUCUGGCCAGGAGCUUUUGAGAAGGUACUGAAGUCUUGUGCAUACCCGGAAGUCAUUGGGAUCCUUUUCAACUCCUACUCAAAGCUCCGGGUCUCAGAAAAAUGGAGAGAAGUUAUUCCUGAGGAAGUGUCUGAGGUGCAUCAGCCUUUUUACCAGUCUCUCUUCAUGCUCUCUCACACCCCAAGGUGUCUGCAACACCUGUGCCGCUGUGUCAUCCGGAAGCACCUUGGCAGCAAGUGCUGGUCCCAUGUCCCCCAGCUGCCCGUGCCCGAAUCUCUACAGCACUAUCUCCUCCUGGAGCCAGAGGGCUUGUUGUUCUGAUUGGUCGGAGGGAUCUGGGGCCACUGAGGCUGAGGGCUCUAGUGUUAAAUCCCCUUUGUUUAUCCAGGGUCAAUAGCCCAUGAAGGACCACAGCCCCAGAGUGGUCAGGAGCCUCGCUAAGGGCUGACAGCCCAGAAUGCAUCACUCCAAUUUAUUAAGACUAAAAGCAGCCUAGCGUGGCUAGGAAUGAGCAUUUCCUGAGGAAGGGAAAGAUCUUGACCAACCAACAACCAUUAUUCUCUACUGGGCCCGCUGCUAAGAUCUGAGGGCGCGAAGCAAACAGCCCCUGCCCUCCUGGAGCUUCUGUUCUGAUGAGGGCAGGCAGUGUGCAUGUAGAGAAGACUCCUGCAAUCAGCUGGGGUAGGGAGGGUUCACACUGAAGAAGAGGGGCUCCAGGGUGCCUGGAACUUGUCAAGGCUGCCUUCCUCAGGUUCUGAAUGGGACUUUGAGGCUGAAGUGCCCCACCAAACCCUAGCCUUUGCCUUAACGAGUCCAGACAGUAAUCAUCUGUGUCUUUCAAUGGCCCAAGGACACUGGCAGUGUGGGGGACUUAGACUAUUCACUAUUGUGUCUCAUUCUCACAACAACCCUCCGAGGUUAAUAUUAUUCUUUUGGCCAUUUUACAAAAGAAGAAACUGAGGCCCAAUUCAGUGUUGGAGCCAGGCAUCCCGAGGUCCUGUCCAGCCCUUUGCCCAUCCCACCAAGUGCCCAGGUCUCUAGAAGCCUUUCAGCACUGGUUUCAUCCCUUUUGCCCCCCUUUCAAAAGCAAUAUCCUCAUGAUUCCCCCAGGCCUGUCCUUAUUGUUCAUCUAAGAUCCAGAGCACAGGCAAGGGGAGAUCAGCGGCCCCAGAAUAGAAGAGACCAGCCGAUGCUGGCCGCUGGCAGACCUAAUGCUUAGCCAGAAAUGGAGGGAGGAGGACCUGAAUCCACUUCAGUUCAACAAAGGAUUCACCACUUCAACAGUAUUUGAAUUGAGUUAAGUGUGGACUAUGUCAGAGCCCUGAGAGGCAGGGGGCCUCCAACCAGACUGGCCGUGGAGCCAUGGGCAGCUUACUUAGUGUCUCAGUGCUCUGGACGCUGUAAAAUAAUCCGUGAUGAGAAGGAAAUAGGCGUCAACCCACACCAGUAGAGGGAGUGAGCUCCCCGUGCCAAAGAAAACCCAAGCCCAGUCUUGAUUCCCUACUAUGUGAUAGGAUCAAUCUUGGAAGAGCCUUAGAAUUCAUGGAGUUCAGUCCUGUUUUGAAAUGAGGUUGAAUGACUUGGCCAGAGUCACAAAGCUAGUAAGCAUGAGAGGCAGAAUUCAAGCUAAGGUCUUUGUGACUUCAAGCCUAGAGCAGCUGGAUCAGGCAAUCUGCUAGGUGUUGGGGAGUCAAAGGCAAAAAUGCCCCCCUAAGUUCUUGCCCUAAUAGAAUAGCCAUAGGUUGCUAGAGGGCAGCAUCUCUAACUUUUUGUAUAUACAAGCCUGGAGCCGUGGCCAGUGCCUGGCACCUAGAAGAGACUUAGUAAAUGCUUGUUGAUGGAUUAAAAGAAGUUAGCAGGUUCAAGAGGCUGGAAGGGGACAUUCCAGGCAUGGGGAAGACAUGUCAGGGCUGGAAGUUGAAUGCUGGGCUCAGGAAAGAAUAAGCAGCCAUUUUGGCAGGAAUGUAGUAUCUGGUCAAAGCAAAUUUGGUUUGGGAUUCAUUAAAUGUAAAAUAUGGGCAGGUAGGUGGUGCAGUGGAUAGUACUGAGGCUGGCCUCGGGAAGACUCAUCUAGCCUCAGACACUCACUAGUUGUGUGACCCUAGGCAAGUCACUUAGCCCUGUUUGCCUCAGUUUCCUUAAAUAUCCAAUGAACUAGAAAAGGAAAUGGCAAACCACGCCAGCAUCCUUGCCAAGAACACCCUAAAUGUGGUCCCAAAGAGUCAGGCCUGAAAAUGAUGGAACAACAAAAUGGUUGGCAUAUCGCAGUAUCUGUGGGAUCUUCCAGUCCUUUUGCAGUGAACCCAAUAGUGAGAAGAAUGUAGAAAUGUCUUUAAAGGGAAAUGGCAGCCAGUGUAGAAAGUUGUAAAAACCAGAAUAAAGUUUGUCUUCAAUCCCAGAGGCAAUGGGGGGCCGAGGGAGUUUUUUGAGCAGGAAAGAGGGGGAACAGGCAUUCCUAGUCUCCUCUACAUGUCAGUCUAGGUGUUAGGGCACCUAGCUCAGCUUCCUCCAAAGCUAAGACACUAAAGGACACAGAGGCAAAGGAAGCCCCUACCCUCAAGGGGUUUACACUCUAAUGGGGGAGACACCGUACAAACAGAUGAAUAGUUAGGAGGAAGCUGUGGACCUCAGAGAGACCACUUGAGCAAAGAUUGAAAACUGGAGAUGGAAUGUUAGAAACAGGUAAUGACAGCUAAUCAGUAUAACUCAGCUCAACUCUAGUCCACAUUUAUUAUGCCCCCUCUAUGUGCCAGGUACCAUUUUCUUUUCUUUAAUCCUUAUUUUCUAUCCUAGGAACAACUCUAAAACCGAAGGCCAAGGGUUAGGCAAGCAGCAUUAUGUGACUUGCUCAGGGUCACAUAGUUUAGAAGUAUCUGAGAUGAGACUUGAACCCAGGUUCCCCUGGCUCUCUAUCCACUUAUCUUCCCCUGCCAAGUACUAUUCUAAGCCCAGGAGAUAGAAAGCCAAAAAUGGAAUGUCCUCGAGGAACCAAGAUUCUCUUGGGAGGAGAGAGCAGAGAAAAGAGAAGAAGUUGGUUGGAGGGUCUCUAGGAAGGGAUGGAGGUCUGUCAAACUGGGCAUGGGGAGGGAAUCAGAGGACUCACGUUCUAAUCCUGAAUUUGUUAUUCACUUGUAGUGUGGCCUUGGCCCUCCCUGGAGGUCUCCAUUUCUUCCUCCUAUAAAAUGAAGGACUUGCACCAGACAAGGUCCUCAUCUCACUAGCUUUAAAGCUAAACAUAGCACAAAGCACACUGAGGAGGGAGAGAGAACCAUGAAGGACUGCCCUGAGGAGGAGGGACCUCAGCAGAGCCUUGAAGGAAACUAAGCAUCCUGCUAGUUUAUAGUUCACAUUUAUAUAGUGGUGUAAAGUUCGUAAACCACUUUAUAAGUAUUAUUCCAUGUGAUCUUUAUAGCAAUCCUAGGAGGUGGGUGCUAUUAUGAUCCCAUUUUACAGAUAGGGAAGCUGAAGCAGAUAAAAGAUAAGAGAUUUGCUCAGGGUCAUACAGAGAGUAUCUGAGGCAGGAUUUGAACACAGGUCUUCCUGGCUCCAGGUCCAGUGUUUGACCAACUUCCCUGCCUAACAGAUGGAGUCUCCAAGUUCUUCCAAACUCAAAGUCAGGACUAGUGCAGGGGGUGACCUACAUCCCUGAAGUGCCUUUACCCCCAAAUAUCUACCAGCCAAUACCAUUGUUAGCUGUGCAUUCCUUGGCAUUCACUUCUCUGUAGGACUCAGUUUCUUCAUUUGUAAGAUGAAGGAGAUUGGAGUAGACAACCUCUGAGAUUCCUUCCUGCCUGGACUGGAUGAUCCAACCAUUUCCUAGAAGGUUUAAGGAUUAAAUACAGAAUGCUUUAGUAGUAGGUGGCUUUCCUUCCCCUCCAGUCGCAGAAGACACUAGAUUUAAUAAGAGAACAUCACAGUGGCCAGGAUGGGGAACAGCUUCACCUGGAGCUGACUCCGCAUGGUCCAAUGGUCAGUGACAACGAAUGCCAUCUCACACCGGACAGAGCAUUGGACUUGGGGUCAGGAAGACCUGAGUUAAAAUCUUGCCUUAGGCACAAGUCCUGGGCAAUUACUUAAUCUCUCUUCACCUCAGUUUCCUUAUCUGUGGAACAGAGAGAAUAUUAACCUCUACCUCCCAGGGUUGUUGUGAGGGUCAAGUGAGAUGGUAUACUUGGAAGGCCAUGCAAAUGUCAGAGCCUUGGAUCCUUGUUAGUCAUUCAUUAUUAUAUGACCUUAAAAAAGGAAAAUGAGGGGGCAGCUGGGGAGCUCAGUGGCUUGAGAGCCAGGUCUAGAGAUGGGAGGUCCUAGGUUCAAAUCUGGCCUCAAACACUUCCCAGCUGUGUGACCCUGGGUAAGUCACUUAACCCCCAUUGCCUAGCACUUACCAUUCUGCCUUGGAACCAAUACAUGGUAUUAAUUCCAAGACAGAAGGUAAGGGUUUAAAAAAAAAAGGAAAAUGACCAACUUGUUCUUGCUACUUGUGCCUCAGGUCCUGGGCAAUAGCAGGACUUACUGUUUGUUUGUUUUAACCCUUCUCACCAUCUUAGAAUCAACACUUGGUAUUGUGAGUGGUAAGGGCUAAGACAAUGGGGGUUAAAUAACUUGCCCAGGGUCACACAGCUAGGAAUUGUCUGAAGCCAAAUUUGAACCCAGGACCUUCCAUCUCUGAGUCUGGUUCUCAAUCCACUGAGCCACCCAGCUGCUCCUUAGUAGAAUUUAUUGAAAAGAAAAAAGUGUUCUCCCUAUCCAGCUAUCCUACCAUGGUUACAGGGCUCAUGAAACAUGGGGUGGGCUCUGCCAUGUUUGACCAAAUACCUGGAGACACCCCCCUCUCCCACCACUGCCCCUCACAGAUAUCUACAGAAGAGAAGGAGCACUAAACCGACAACAUUAAAGUCUGGACCUCUUUGUAUUGUAGAUUUAGCCCACUAAAAGAAAGCCAGUGAAAAAAUAAAAAUAAAAAAUAAAAGAAAGCCAGUGAAAGCAACCUUCUCCUCUUACAGACUGCAGAGAGGGGCAGGGAUCUGCCCCAAAUGGCGGAGUUUGGAUACUUUCUGCCUUCUUGACCAGAAGUGAUUUCUAUUGAUCCCAAAACAUAGGUUGGUCAUCUUCUACAUGUGAUCAGUGGCCUGCCCAACAGGGAAGAGGCAAAGUCCCUCCUGCCAUGUCUGGAGGAAGGUGACAUGGCCGCCCAUGAUGCUCAAACACAUUUGGACAGGGCCAGUGAAUGACAGAUGUGGAGACACUAAAAUAAGCUCCCUGAGGGCAAGGCCUGUUUCUUUGUCUUUAUAUCCCCAGGGACUGAUAUGUAAUAGGAACUGAAAGAGAAGGGGGUGGAAUUCAAUGGAAAGGAAGUAACUAAUGGUCCAAGGAGAUAAAGAAAGAGAUGGAUUGGGAGAGGAAUGAUAGCAAGGAAGCGGGGCUUUAUUCCUUUGUCCCCUUUUUAUUGAUGCAAAAUGGGAUGGGUUUCACUAAUUCAGAGAAAAAGGUAAAAGACAGAAGGGGAAAGUGAGGACUCAAGGAUCACUGAAUCCUCAAUAAAGAGAAGGAACUUUAGAGAUCUUCUGGUCUAACGUCCCAUUUGCCACCUCAGGCCAAAAGAGAAAUGACUGACCUGAAGCAGAGGGGCUUAGAGUCCUCACUCCCAGCUCUUGUCGAUGACCCAGGCUAUCCCCUAAGCUUCCCAUGAGUCGUAGAAAAGUAGCCACAUUCUGAGAAAGCUGAUAGUGCCCCCAUCUUAAAAAGAUAUGUCUUGGCUAAGAUUAUCUUACAUGCUGAGGAUGCUAAUGUGGAUGUUUUUGACUCGUUUGUACUUAAAAGGAUGACUUCAACAUUGCACCCAGAGUGGCAACAACACUAAAUCCUGGGAUUAGAAGAUCUGAGUUCAAGUUCUGCCUUGGGUACUUUCUACCUUUGUGAUGUUACCCAUGUCCCCUCCUUGCUCUGGGUCACUAUUUCCUCCUCUGUAAAAUGAAAAGGGGGAGGGGGGAAUAACAUGAGGAAAGGAAAAGGUUGGGCUCUGUAAUCUGUAGGUUCCAUUCUAGCAGCUCUAUUACCUCUAGCCUGACGUCACUUCCAUAUGUGGGAGGAGCCUCAGCUGUAUUUAUAGAGCAGAACAUUGAGUUGUGUUAAAAGUGUCAAACCUCCCGGAAUCCAGAGAUCUCACAAUGAUCUUCCAGGCCAUUUUAACAGUCCUUGAAACAAAACCUUUUUCUCCUGGAUGAAAGCAAUUGAGGGGCAGCAGGGAACCCUGGCAAAUGAGACAGUCCUUCUGACUUUGGAUGGCUGCCUCCACUGACCCUUGACCCCAUUCCCUUGCCUUCUUCUGGGCUGCUUCCCCCACCCCAGCCCCGUGAGGGUGGAGACUAAGAAAGAUGGAGGCAAGAGAACUGUGGACUCUGGCUUGCCAUGGCAAGGAAGCCCACCACCACCCGCCCUAAGAUGUCAGCAUCCAUAGAACACCCAAGGACCACUCCAGUGAGCAGAAAAUGGCAGAAAUCCUGGAAAGAAACCUUCUGUUGUUGCAUGGCUUGAAGGAAAAUUAGCGGUCCAGGAAGCAAGUUGUCCUGCAGGCACCAGCCGUUCACUGUGUGGGUGCUGAGAGGAGCCAAGAGAACAUCUCUAUAGCAUGCAUGGCAGCUAAAAGAGCAGCAGGAAGCCCGGAGCUCUCCGGGAACCAACUGUCUAAGGGAUAGAAGGCAGCAACUGGAUACACUGACUUUCAGUCUGUCAAGAGCCCCCAUUCCCUAGUCCCAGGAGAAGCCUGGCCAGGGCCCCUGGAGAGGGCUCUGCCCCACCCAGUCUGGACAGCUCUUCUUUCUUUCUCCAGGACACCUUGAGGUGUUAACCAAGCCUCGCACUGGUCUGGAAAAUGUGAAUUCUCUCUCUCUCUCUCUCUCUCUCUCUCUCUCUCUCUCUCUCUCUCUCUCUCUCUCUCUCUCUCUCUCUCUCUCUCUCUCUCUCUCUCUAGCGCUUGGGGAUUAGACUGCCGGAUUCUGUUGUGGUUGCUGCUGCUGGCUGGUUUUUGAAAGCAUCCCCGAGCAAAUCCAGUUCCGUAAGGGGUCUCUGGCCAAGGAAAGGAAUGGCUGCAAUAUUCGUCCUCAUCCCCCCAGUGUCCUCCAGGUGGCGCCAUGUGCCCAACAGUCUUCCCACAGUCUAGCAGGAACCCUGGUUUUACCCAGAAUCGGAGGGGAAGAAAGAUGGGGGGGCGGGCAGAGAGUGAGGCUGCUCUGAUUCUCACUGUUGGGGAAAGCGCCGAGAAGCCCCCGAACCACGCACGAGGAGCUUCGGGCUAAAGUAGACCCUGCUGCUGGGCCAUUGCCUCGGGGAGGAGAUGCAGCCCUCAGUGUUGCUGACGGGGUGGAUCCAUCCGCCCUGCCUUGGCUUCGUCAGGCCGGGUUCAGACUGUGUGUUUCCACGGGGAUGCAGUGUUCAAGCGGGCUCCGUGGAACAGGAUGCUGCAUUAGAAGUCCAAUUGGUCACCGCGCGUUCUCCCCGGUCCGCCGAGGGGAAGGUGGUGGCAGCCGGCGUCGGAGGCGGCCCAUCCCGCUGCGACUGCAGCCCCAAGUCUUCGCUUAAUCGCUCCAAUAAAAACGAGGAGAUUUCUUUGUAAUGUAAUUUGUAAGCAAUAAACAUGAUUGAGAAUGCGGUCUUUGGGCUUAAUGCGGGCCUUUAAUUCGGUGUGUGAUUACUCACUGGGCAGGCAGGCAGGCAGGCAGGCAGGCAGGCCGGGAGUGUCG